AUGGAGCUCUCUCCCCUGUUCCUCCCCGCUCUGCUUUUGAUCCUAAUUCCCGACGUUUUCACCCACCGGACCGCCGCGCAGGCCAACAGCACCAACGCUACGCUAUUUUCUUGCUCGUCAGAUACCUCGCCGGUACAUCCCUGCGCUACCUUCGUGCUGUACCGGACGCAGCCUGGCUACACCGAUCUCGCCCACAUCUCCGACCUCUUCGGCACCAGCAGCCAGAUCAUACAGGAAGCCAACGGUCUCCCGUCCGAGUCCAUCACUUUCCUCCUCGGCCAGCUCAUCGCCAUCCCAAUCAACUGCGGAUGCACCGGUAACCGGUCGUUCGCGAACGUCACGUACUGGAUCGCAUCCGGCGACAACUUCUACUUGGUCUCCACCCGCCAGUUCGAAAACCUCACGGAUUACCUGACCGUGGAGGCCUUGAACCCAGGGGCAAAACCGAACGAGCUGAAGCCAGGGCAGGCCGUGCUGGUGCCGCUGUUCUGCAAGUGCCACGAUGAGGCCAUGGCGGAGCGAGGCAUCAACUAUCUCAUGACUUAUACGUGGGCCGCCGGGGACGACCUUUCGAAGCUGAGCAAGGAGCUGAAUUCUUCAGCAGAGGAGAUAAGAGCUGCCAACAACAACAGAGAUUUCAGCGCCGCCGUCUAUAAGCCAAUUCUAGUUCCGGUGGCAGAAAAGCCGCGCCUCGCGGUGCUAUUCUACAACGCCACCAGCAGCUCCGACGGGGGUCGCCGGGGAAAAUUUCAUAAGAAAGACAUCAUUUUAUCAAGCAUUAUCAGUGCUGCUUCGGCGGUGGUGAUUUGCACCUUACUCGUGCUAGCUUGCUGCAAGGUUUCUCCCAAUAAAAUCGUGGCACGGACCACGUCAAACUUGGAAGGCGUCAGGGAGCUUCUGUCGCCUAGGAAGUUAGCUCCCAGCAAGAACCAAGCUUUGAGCCCCAGAGCGAAGGGAAACAAGGUUUUGGCUGGCGUCUCGCAGUUCAUCGAGAAGCCGGCCAUGUUCGACUUCAAAUCCAUCAUGGAAGCCACAAUGAAUCUCAGCUCGGCUUACUGGAUCGAGGGCUCCGUUUACCAAGCCACUCUCGACGGCGAAGUCUACGCGAUCAAGAGAGCGAAAGGCAUCGACGUAGCAGAGGAGUUAAACAUUUUCCAAAUGGUCAACCACACGAAUCUAAUCAAGAUGGCCGGAUUCGCCGUUCACGAAGAUGGGGUCUGCUUCUUGGUGUAUGAGUUCGCGGAGAACGGAUCGUUGGACAAGUGGCUCUUCGCGAAGGCCUCCUCCUCGGACUCCGUCAGCUGCCUGUCGUGGAGGCAGAGGCUCAACAUCGCGCUGGACGUGGCCAGCGGCCUCCAGUACUUGCACGAGCACACGAGGCCGAGCAUCGUCCACGGCGGCAUCAAAUCCAGCAAUGUGAUGCUGGACGCGCACUACAAGGCUAAGAUAUCUAACUUCUCCAAGGCGAAGCCGGCGACAGUGGGGCUGCGGCCGUCGGCGGACGUGUUCGACUUCGGAGUGCUGCUGAUGGAGUUGCUGUCGGGGAGGAGGGACUGCGUGGAGGAAAGGGAGUCGGGGGGAACGAUGUGGAGGGAGAUGAGGGCGGUGCUGGGGGUGGAGGAGAAGGGGGAGAGGCUGAGGAGGUGGAUGGAUCCGAAGUUGAAGGGGCUGUAUCCAGCGGAUGGCGCGGUGACGGUGGCGGGCAUGGCGAGGGCGUGCACACGGGAGGAUCCGGCGGAGAGGUCAAGGAUCAGUGAGAUUGUGUUCGGGCUGACGGUGCUGGCGCAGUCGUGCAGCGACGCUUUCGACAGGGCGUGGGCGGCGAGCUCGGAGGAGACGAUGGCCAUUACGGACGUUGUGGCGCGUUGA